GGCGCCCGAGUUUAACUAAGACUAUUUGUAUGUCAACGGAUUAACAAUAUUCUCAGGACACGACCACUGAACCACGAUGGUGGACGACGAUCAACCCAAAACCUUGUAUGUGGGGAACCUGUCCAGGGAUGUGACCGAGCCCCUCAUCCUGCAGGUGUUCACACAGAUCGGGCCCUGCAAGGGCUGUAAAAUGAUAGCUGAUGCGUCUGGAAACGAUCCCUACUGCUUUGUGGAGUUCUACGAGCACAGGCAUGCUGCUGCCUCACUGGCAGCCAUGAACAGACGUAAAAUCAUGGGUAAGGAGGUGAAAGUGAACUGGGCCACGACCCCGACCAGCCAGAAAAAAGACACAAGCAAUCAUUUCCAUGUCUUUGUUGGAGACCUCAGCCCAGAAAUAACCACGGAAGACGUCAAAACUGCCUUUGGCCCAUUUGGCAAGAUAUCGGAUGCCCGUGUUGUGAAAGAUAUGGCUACGGGGAAAUCCAAGGGCUAUGGCUUCGUGUCUUUCUUCAACAAGUGGGAUGCAGAGAAUGCCAUUCGGCAGAUGGGUGGUCAGUGGCUGGGAGGUAGACAGGUUCGAACUGACUGGGCCACUAGGAAGCCCCCUGCCCCAAAGACCAACUAUGAAAGUAACUCCAAGCACCUAUCCCUUGAAGAAGUAGUGAACCAGGCCAGCCCCAGUAACUGCACUGUGUACUGUGGCGGAGUCAGCACAGGACUGACGGAACAACUGAUGAGACGGACCUUCUCCCCCUUCGGACAAAUCAUGGAAAUCCGAGUCUUCCCGGACAAAGGUUACUCUUUUGUGAGGUUUAACUCUCAUGAGGCUGCAGCCCAUGCCAUUGUGUCGGCAAAUGGCACCUCACUAGAGGGUCACAUAGUGAAGUGCUAUUGGGGCAAGGAGACUAUGAUGAAUCCCAUGCAGCAGAUGCCCAUGCCCCAGCAGAACAAGAUGGGCUUCACUGCAGCCCAGCCCUACGGCCAACGGGGCCAGUGGUACGGCAAUGGCCCGCAGAUCGGCCAGUACGUCCACAAUGGCUGGCAGGUCCCCACCUAUGGUGUCUACGGCCAAGCCUGGAACCAGCAGGGCUUCAAGUAA